AUGACUAAAUGUCCUUGGUUAAUUCUAGGCGAUUUCAAUAGUAUACUGACAGUAGAGGAUAGAAUAAAUGGAGCACAUGUUCAUCAAAAUGAAGUAAUUGACUUCAAUCAGUGCAUUGAGGAUAUUGGAGUAGGACUGAUCAAUAAAAAAGGGAUACAAUAUUCAUGUAGCAAUAAGAGAGGGGCUGAGGACAGGAUCUAUAGUCAUAUAGACUGGGUGUUUGGAAAUGCAGAUUGGUUUGGAGUAUAUGCAGGAAUUGAAGCAGUAUAUCUAGUUCCUGGAUGUUCUGAUCAUACACCUAUAUUGUUGAAUACAGAGGAUAUAAAUGAUGAUCAUUUAAAUCCAAAUCUCAUUGAACAAGAAAAGAAAGUGCUGAUGCUAAUUGAAAAAUGGGAUGCAGUCUAUGAGAAGAUUUUAAGACAGAAGUCAAGGGCUAUAUGGAUCAAACAUGGAGACUCAUAUACCAAAUAUUUCCAUGCACAGUUGAAGGCUAGGCAAGCAAGGAAUAAAUUUACUUCUAUUUGUACAGAACAGAAUGUGAGGGUGACUGAUCCAAAGCAGAUCCACCAGGAGUUCAUACAGUUCUUCAAAAAGUUGUUAGGUGAAGCUGCCCCAGUAAUGACUGGAAUUGAUGUUACUAUUGAGAUGGACCCUGUUUAUCACUAG